AUGCCACCCAAGCGGGCGGUCAAGGAGAAGGGGAAGGCGCCAGCCGCCCCGAAGAAGAAGCAACCCCCUGCAAGGAAGAAGAAGGGCGGAGGAACAGGCGCGGCCCACGAGGAGGAGGACGCGGAUGAGCAGGGCCAGCCAGGUCCCGCGACCCCUGCUGCUUCCGCCGGCGCCGCCUCGGGACCGGACACGCCUUCCUCGCACAUCGAGGUCACCUUCCCACCCGGGUACAUGGAGGGAUCACCAAAGAUACUACCAGCCCUGCCGGACCUGGCCCAACACCCGGAGAGACUGACAAACCCGCAGCUGAAGGCAGAGCUGGCCAGCACCAAGUUACUAUGCUGGAAGUACGACCUGCCGCCGAACUAUGGCUUUCUGCCCAUGAACGAGAUUUAUGACAAGGAUGGGACCGCCCUUCGCCUGCCCUGCAAGAAGUAUGCUGGCGUCACCCUCUUCUACCCGCUGACGUCGACGGGCCUGGCCAAUGAGCCGCUCGGCGAGGUACUCAGCCUUCAGGAGGUCCGCCAUGUAUACAUGCACCAGACUUGUGUGACUUACAAGUUCUUUGGGCCCCUCUGCAGGGCCAAAGUGAUGAAGUUCUGGGGCCACGAGCACACACAGGCCGACGCGUUCAAGCAGUAUACUGAGCUCAUCGAAGGCUUCAGCAACGCCAAGAUGCAGGCGAUCUGCCGCGGGGUGCUCGAGGACGAGAAUGAGCCGCUGCGGAAACCUGCGGCCUAA